UAGCACCUUUCCAACCUCUGUGAAGGCAUAUUCUUGGAUGCCUACGGUGAAGCCUUAGGAAAGGACCUUCAGGCCUGUACCCCUCCCCUUGUCAAGCCUCAUGGGCGGAGCUGGUUGCUAGGAACCGGGUUUUCACCAAUCACCUGCCUAGCUCUCAGUAGGCGGGGCGCGGCUCGCAGCGUCUUUGGUAACGGAGACCUUGGUGGUGGAGAAGGCCAGAGGCAGUGAGAGCUUUUGUGUUCAAAUAGAAGUUGUUGGAGUUUAUUUCCAUGUGCAUUUUUAAAAAAUGUAAACAAGGAAAAUGACUGCUGGUUCAGUGUGUGUCCCUCAGAUCAUACCACUGCGAGUGCCUCACCCUGGAAAAGCCAACCAUGAAAUUGAUAACAAUACACUCUUGGAAAUGAAAUCAGAUACCCCAGAUGUCAACAUAUAUUACACCCUGGAUGGCAGCAAACCUGAAUUCCUAAAGAGAAUUGGUUAUGGUGAAAGUAAUACAUUUAAGUAUACAAAGCCUAUUACUCUGCCUGAUGGAAAAAUACAAGUUAAAGCUAUUGCAGUCUCUAAAGACUGCAGACAGAGUGGCAUUGUAACAAAGGUGUUUCAGGUGGACUAUGAACCACGAAAUACAGUCUCUUCAGAAGACAUUGUUGAAAAUGCUCUUGAAGAUUCUUCAAAGCAGGAAUUGAAAAAUGGAUUUUUUGGAUCAAAACUAAGGAAGAAAUCUAAGAAUGCUGAAAAUAAACUGGGCUGGAAUGUAAAACUUAGAAAGUUUCUAGACCUCGAGGUAGGUGAAAGAAGUGAACCUAAAACAUUGAAAGAUCUUCGCUUCUCAGACAGUCCCCUGGAAAUCCCAGCUUCCCGUGAACAGUCAAGUUCUAGACCACCCACCCACCAGUCCCAGUUCCCUGGUUUUGCACACAUAACUGGCCAUAAGGGUUUGACAAGCACAGAGAUCAUGAGAAUUCAAAGGGAGACAGACUUUCUCAUGUGUGCCCAGUGUCUUGCCCCUCGCCCAUCUGAUCCCUUUGCUCGCUUCUGUCAAGAAUGUGGCUCUCCUGUCCCACCAGUAUUUGGUUGUCGUCUCCCACCCCCAGAAGGAGCCCAGAUGGGCUUCUGUGCAGAAUGUAGAAGCAUGGUGCCCAUGAACACUCCCAUAUGUGUGGUUUGUGAGGCUACUCUUGCUCUACAGCUGCAACCACAGGCCAGCCUCUGCUUGAAGGAUAAAGUAAUCUGCUGCACCUGUGGAACAGGGACUCCUGCCCACCUGAAAUACUGUGUCUCCUGUGAGAGGGCCCUCCCUUCAUCACAAGAGUGCUGUUGUGUUCCCCAGUCCCUGUGUAGUGGAGAUAAAGCUGCUCCUGCACCCACUCUGAAAGGAGAGACCAUUCCCUGUUCCAAAUGUGGUCACCGGAACCGCCGGGGAGCUUGCUUUUGUGAUUGGUGUGGAGCCAUGCUUGGCAUUCCUGCUCGCUACUCUGUUUGCCCUAAAUGUGGGGCCAGCAACUAUCCAUCUGCUGGAUUCUGUGGCUCUUGUGGUAUUUACCUCAAGUCCUUGGCAAAACUUAGUGUGGACAACACCCUGGCUCUAGCUGAGGGAGAACCUGGCCCUUGUGCUGAGCCCAGGUCUGCCUGUCAGUCUCUAAAUGUUACUUUACCCAAAGCUGAUGUUGGAACUAAGAAGGAUGUAGGUACACAGACCACUGGCCUCUUCUACCCAUCUGGCAAGCUACUAGCAAAAAAGGAAUUGGAAAUGGCUUCUCAUAAGCAGCGACAGGAGAAAAUGAGUGACCAUAAACCUCUACUCACAGCCAUCAGCCCAGGAAGAGGAUACUGGAGAAAACAGUUGGAUCACAUCUCUGCUCACCUCAGGUCUUAUGCUCAGAACAACCCUGAAUUCCGGGCCUUGAUUGCUGAACCCAGGAUGGGAAAGCUUAUCUCUGCUACUGUCCAUGAAGAUGGCUAUGAAGUUAGCAUCAGGCUGAAUUAUAUUCAAGUCUCAAACAAGAACCUUUACCUCAGUAAGGAGGUGAAUUUCAUCGACCGCUUUCUGAGCAAUGUCACCGAGGGUGAUAAUGGGCUAUUUGGCAGCAGGUCCAGCUUGGUGAGUGACUGCAAUCAAACCACCUCAGAUAUCACUGAAAAAAACAAGAGAAUGAAGAAUUUUAAGACUAAAACAUUUCAUGGAAAGAAGGAGCAGCUUACACCCGAAAGCAGACUCUUGCUGAAGGAAGUUGGACCAACAGGGGAUGGAAGAGUCUCUGUAAUUGAACAGUUGCUUGAUGAAGGAGCAGAUCCCAACUGCAGUGAUAACGAAGACCGUCCUGUUAUUACCAUGGCUGUGAUCAAUAAGCACCAUCAAGCAAUCCCAGUUCUUGUGCAGAGAGGAGCAGACAUCGACCAACAGUGGGGACCCCUCCAAAAUACAGCUCUUCAUGAAGCAGCUCUGCUUGGCCUGGCAGGAAGGAAGUGCAUUGCUGCUUUACUGGGAUGCAAUGCAAGUAUCCAAAAGAAGAAUACUAGUGGCCAAACAGCCCAUGACCUGGCUCUGACAAUUGGGGAUGACCUCAUCACCUCACUCUUUGCUGCUAAGCUCCACCUGGAUGACUGUUAGACCCUACAGGCUCUGUGAGGCUUCACUUAAAGAGACCAUCCAGCUUUGGCUGUUCUUUGUUUCUUUCUGAAAUGUGUAUUUGAGGUUUGGGAAUUGAAGUUAAGAGGAACUCAAGUUUUCUAAAAAUUAUGUGACAUUGUAAGCCACCAAUACCACAAGGGCAUUUUUUAAUGUGCCCUGGAUGGUCAUGAAUUUAAUGUAUGUUUUAUUGCUGCUUAUUUUAGAAUUUUCUUUUAAAUUUGUUUUUCAAUAGAUAACAAUUGCAUGUAAUUCAAAGCUAAAAAGUAUGAAGUAUUAUGUUGUAAAAAAUCUGCUUCUUAUCCCUGCCCCACAGCUACCCAUUUCCCCUGCCCCUCCUCAGAGGCAGCCAAUUAUACCAGUAUCAUGUAUAUCUUUCCAGAAAUAGUAUAAAUUUAUAUAAGCACAUGCAUAUAAUAUAUGCAUAUGCAGCCCUCACUGGUGUAGCUCGGUAGAUUGAGUGUGGGCUACAAACCAAAGGGUCGCCAGUUCAAUUCCCAGUCAGAGCACAUGCCUGCAUUGUGGGCCAGGUCCCCAGUUGGGGACAUAUGAGGGGAAACCACACAUUAUGUUUCUCUUCCUCUCUCCUUUCCUUCCCCUCUAAAUAAAUAAAUAAACAUAUGCAUAUGCACAUGUGUAGAAUAUACAUAAAUAUAAGUAUAGAUAACAUGCACAUAUAUUCUUUCCCCUCUUUUAAGACAAAUAGUAACAAAGUACAUACUGUUCCAUCUUGUUCUUUGCAUAAUAUAUCUUGUAGGUGGUUCCAAAUUAGAACAGAAAGGUUGAGUUUAUUUAAAAAUGUCUUCUUAUGGUGAACUCAUCAAUAUUACUAUUGUUAUGUUUUG